ACUAAGCCUGAUGCGUCUGCAAGUUCAACAGGGUCAAAACCUGGUCAUGAGCUGCUGUUAUUUGAAGCUUUACGAGAGGGGUUGGAUAAAGAGAUGGCCCGAGAUCCCCGGGUAUGCGUUAUGGGUGAAGAUGUGGGUCACUAUGGUGGUUCCUACAAGGUGACCAAGGGCCUUGCAACCAAAUAUGGAGACAUGAGGGUUCUUGACACUCCCAUCGCGGAGAACUCCUUCACUGGCAUGGGCAUUGGAGCAGCAAUGACUGGCUUGAGGCCAGUGAUUGAAGGCAUGAACAUGGGCUUCCUCCUACUUGCUUUCAUCCAAAUAUCAAACAAUUGCGGUAUGCUGCACUACACCUCUGGUGGUCAAUUCACCAUUCCUGUUGUGAUUCGGGGGCCAGGGGGUGUUGGUCGUCAACUUGGAGCUGAACACUCACAGCGGCUGGAAUCAUACUUCCAGUCAAUUCCUGGCCUGCAGAUGGUUGCCUGCUCAACGGCUUACAAUGCCAAGGGACUUAUGAAAGCUGCUAUUCGAAGUGAGAACCCCGUUGUGCUCUUCGAGCAUGUUUUGCUAUAUAAUCUGAAGGAGAGGAUCCCUGAUGAGGAGUAUAUUUGCUGUUUGGAGGAGGCAGAGAUGGUGCGACCUGGCGAACAUGUGACAAUCCUCACAUAUUCACGAAUGAGGUACCAUGUGAUGCAGGCUGCUAAAACCCUGGUCAACAAAGGAUAUGACCCGGAGGUUAUUGACAUCCGUUCCCUUAAGCCAUUUGAUCUUUACACCAUUGGCAAAUCCAUAAAGAAGACACAUCGUGUGCUGAUUGUUGAGGAGUGCAUGCGCACAGGUGGUAUUGGGGCGAGUUUACAAGCAGCAAUCAUUAAGCAGUUCUGGGACUAUCUUGAUGCGCCCAUUGUAUGUUUGUCAUCACAGGAUGUGCCCAUGCCGUAUGCUGGAACUCUGGAGGAAUGGACUGUGGUACAACCAGCUCAAAUCGUGAAGGCAGUGGAAGAUCUUUGCAAGUAAAGUUUCAGUGCAUGGUUUAAAAUGAAAUCAUUGUUAACCGUUGGUUUUAGAAUCUAGUUUUGUUUUCGUUGUUGUUGUUGUUGUUGUGGUUCUCCUGAUUAGUUUGCUCUCUGCUGAUGUUUAUUGUCAAGAAUUGAUAAUUAUUCACUUUUGUUGAACAUUCACUUGAAUAAUGUUUUGUAUUCUGCAAUGAUUUUGGCAGUUCACAGGCUCUUUUUUUUUC